AUGGAAGUUGUGGAAAAGUUAAAGUCUGUUAUGAAAGUCAAUGAAGUGGCCACACAAUACAGAGAAGACAAAGCCAGGCAAGGGGGUGACCUGGAUUGGCUGACCAGAGGGUCCAUGGUAGGACCAUCUCAAGAAGCAGCAUUUGCCUUGCCUGUAAGUGGGAUGGAUAAACCUAUGUUUACAGAAAAAAAUUAG